AUGGGCAGGGUGUACUACUUUAACCACAGCACGAAUGCGAGUCAGUGGGAGCGGCCGAGCGGGGUUGGCGGUGCAGCGGUGGACAAGGUGCGCUGCUCUCACCUGCUGGUCAAACACAACCAAUCACGCAGACCGUCGUCAUGGAGACAGGAGAACAUCACACGCACCAAAGAAGAAGCUGUGCAGCUCAUACACAGGUAUAUAGAACAGAUAAAGUCUGGUGAGGAAGACUUCGAGACGUUGGCAUCUCAGUUCAGUGACUGCAGCUCCGCACGCAACGGAGGAGACCUUGGCCUGUUCGGCAAGGGUCAGAUGCAGAAGCCGUUUGAAGACGCCUCAUUUGCGCUGAAGAUCGGAGACAUGAGCGGUCCGGUGUUCACUGACUCCGGUGUUCACAUCAUCCUGCGUACAGGAUAAAUCUCAUCCCU